CAGAAAUCUACCUUAUCGAUAAAAAAUGGCGGCUCCCUUGACGAUAACGUACGUUCCAAGGAUUGAACCCUUCGCCAUUUAUCCAUUUCCCAACUGAACAAAAACAAUAAUUUAAUAUAAAUUUAUUUACACAUCUGCCUCGUUCUAGUGAGCACUCAGAUGAAAGUCAUUCCCAUGAAAAUUAAUUUAUGCAAUGGUAAUGACACUGUUACCGUGACUACGAAGUCACUGUGAUCCCGUGGAGUUUGGGGAUUCCCUCGUGCGACCAAAAUUUGUGCAGUUCAUCUCGGAGUAAUUGAACUUGUGGUGAUUAUAUUCCUUCGAGGAACAAUUAAGUGUAAAACAUUGCUACGGAAAAUUAAUCUUCAAGAAUGAAUCUCGCAGACGGUGCUAGUAUGACUCGUGGGGAGAUGCUCUCCUUGAUCGUUCGGCUCUCCCUGGUAACAGCGGUUGGAUUUGUCAGCAUAAGGUGGAUAAUGACUCAGUUGGAUCCCAUGUCAAAGGCUAAGAAGAAAGCUAAGGAGAGGGCGGAAUCUCAAUUGAGAAAAUUGGGGAAAACGAACAGUGUAAGUCUGAUUGUUGACACCAAUCAGCUGACAGAGUACGAGAUGAUGAUUGCAAGCCACUUGAUUGAUCCGCAAGACAUUCCUGUAUCUUGGGAGAAUAUUGCUGGGCUUGACUCGGUUAUUCAAGAGCUCAAGGAGACUGUCAUACUUCCGAUAAGGCGGAAGGAGCUGUUCGAGGACUCCAAGUUGACGCAGGCACCCAAGGGAGUGCUUCUACACGGACCACCUGGCUGUGGAAAAACCAUGAUUGCAAAGGCCACUGCCAGGGAGAGUGGCACAUGCUUUAUAAAUCUCGAUGUCAGCAUUUUGACUGACAAGUGGUACGGAGAGAGUCAAAAACUCACUGCUGCUGUAUUUUCACUGGCUGCCAAAAUACAACCCUGCAUUAUUUUUAUUGAUGAAAUAGAUUCAUUUUUACGAGCGAGAACUUCUCAGGACCACGAAGCAACAGCUAUGAUGAAAGCGCAAUUUAUGUCGCUAUGGGACGGUCUUAUUACCGACCCAUCGUGCACUGUUAUUGUCAUGGGUGCCACGAACAGACCACAAGAUCUCGAUCGAGCAAUACUUCGACGAAUGCCAGCUACGUUUCACAUAGGUUUACCAAAUGAACAUCAACGCACGCAGGUACUCAAGGUAAUCCUGGCUAAAGAGCCCACGGCUGAAGACGUGGACGCUGCGAAAUUAGCAAAACUGGCAGAAGGAUUUUCUGGGUCUGAUCUGCACGAGCUGUGUCGAACUGCCUCGAUGUACAGAGUGAGGGAUUACUCACGAGAACAUACAAAUGCAUCAAACCAAAGUAUCCCCGAGGAAGAUGAAUACCAUGACGCUAUACGUCCAAUAACCCAAGACGACCUGAUAACAGCAUUCAAACGUAUGAGAAUGUCAAAAGUUCAAACCAGUGGAUUGACAAAAAUUGAUUUAGACUAAGAAAAUUAAGGCACUGUCACCCACAUUUCUGUUACUUUUAAAAAUAACGAAAUCACUAAGUUAAUUUUUUAUUUGGUCAUCGAUUAUUCAUAUGCAUCAACCAACGUAGCUACACGAAUGAAAAAAAUUCCAGAAAAACCUAUCUAGAAAAUUCUAUUGCAUUUCUAUUAGUCUUUGGCCGAUUCUUUUCAAAAGUUCAAUAGAAAACAUUCAACAGAAAAAGUCAAUAGAAUUUCCUCGACUCGAAUUUUCUAAAUUUUUUCCAU